GGUGUGACAUCCAUGCUGAUAUGUCGCUCAGUAGAUUUGUGAUACGUGGGGAGAUUGAGGGGGUGAGCUGGGGAGUGGAGAGAUAGAUCUGGGUGUCAUCAGCAUAGAGGUGGUAUUGGAAGCCGUGGGAGGUUAUCAUUUGGCCCAGGGAGGAGUACGGAGUAGUGGCCAUUGGUUGGGAUGAGUAUGGAGUAGUGGACAUUGGUAUGGAUGAGUAUGGAGUAGUGGACAUUGGUUGGGAUGAGUAUGGAGUAGUGGACAUUGGUAUGGAUGAGUAUGGAGUAGUGGACAUUGGUUGGGGUGAGUAUGGAGUAGUGGACAUUGGUUGGGGUGAGUAUGGAGUAGUGGACAUUGGUUGGGAUGAGUAUGGA